AUGCGAGUUCACAUGCGGGCCAACGCGUAUGAGGGGGAAAUGGCAUCCACGCCUUUGGCGUCUCCUGCGGUUGCAUGCGACUCAGUCAGCCGCAUGAACACCGUCGGCCAUCGUACUGCGGUGGGGCACGGCGGAAGCGGCAAUGGCAGAAGUGAGGCGGCAUGCAACGGGAGGCCGCCGUACCGCGCUGCUCCAGUGCUGCAGGAGAAUGGCCGGACGCAACACAGCCAACUGCCACACACUGCCGAUAGGAUACUGCAGGAGGUGCGGCCACCAGCCUUUAAUGAGCCAGUUUCACAGCCACCGCCACCGCCACCGCCACCGCCGCCGGCAGCAAAAGGCGACACAGUGCCUGCAGCAGUGCCCGCGGCAUCCCGUGUCGAACAUGUGCAGCGGGGAUGUGUGAAUACUAUUUGCUACUUUGAAGUUCCGACGAAGCGGCAAGCCCCCAGAGCAAUACAGUCAGACUCUGGGAUAGGUAAGCAGCAGGUGCCGGAGGUGGGGAAUACGAGGAGUAUCAUGAAAGGCACUCCGCAGCAGGGCCCCAAUCCAUACGGCCAUAAUGUACCGGGAACAAACAUACCUCAGCACGGCUACGGCCCUGUCCCUCUUGUUCCGCUUCCGUACCCCACAAGUGGAACUUUCGGCUUUCCGCCGCCGCCGCCGCCGCCGCCACCGCCACCGCCGCCGCAAGUUUGGCAGCCUGGACCUUUUUAUUAUGGUGCUCCUGGGCCAUACGCCCCCGUGGCUGCUGCUGCUGCUGCUGCUGCGGCUGCUGCUGCGGCUGCGGCUGCGGCGUGUCACAAGUACAGCCAGCAUCAUCACCACCACCACCACCAGCAGCAGCCGUACUACUACUACCCUCCCCAGAGCCAGCACGUUUACAGUCAGAGCCAUGGCCUCUUCUACGACCAGCACUACAUUCACCAUCAACAGCAGCAGCAAAAGAACGGGAUGGGGCCCUCGUUCGCUCCGGCCUUGGACUAUGCGGUGCCGCGUGCGAAGAUGAACGGGACUGCAGUCACGGAGGUGCCGAAGCAGGGGUGUCACGCAUGUGCAGGGCCCCCGGUGGAGGAGGAGGCGAGUAGUACGCCAGGUGACUUCGUGGCCGAGGGAGUUCCCUCAAGCAGCGAUAGUGGACUCCACAGUCAGAUGUUCCUGCUUACCGAGGAACCACCGCUCUCCGAGUCAGGUAGCACAUCCAGUAGACGAGUGAGGGCGGACGGCGCCGGGGAACAGAUGUCAACGACCGGCGUGCGGCAGGAUGGCGCUAGUGGUAGCAGUAGCGUCAAAAGCAGCUGGGGGCAGGGCCCAGGAGGCGGCGGGGCGCCCACAUUUCACCCCACCGACAGCACUGUGGGCCCCAUCUCAGUUGCGGCCCGGCUCCCUCCAACACAGACGCACGUCACAGCGGAUAAGCGGUGCGCCCAGCUGCCCUCGUACCAGGACGCCAUCAUGGCUCGGGAUGGGACGGGCAAUCACAUCUUUUCCCCCAAACGCGCUCGUGCGACGGGGCUGGCUACGGAGCCCGCGGAAGGUCCUCAGGGUUUAAGCGCAGGCGAGCACAAGAGGGAACUCCCCGCAAAGUUUCCUGCGGGGGUUCCGCAAGAGCAGUCCGACUGCGAAGACGAGCAAAAAACCUCUGCGAAUACGGGAGCGGUGCUGGGCAACGGGCGACCGGGCAAGUUGGAGGAUGACCCCUCCCGCUGGGAGGCGCCCGAGGCGAACCGCGUGCCCUCCGCAUUUGCAUUGUCGGAGGCGACAUGGUCGCAGCAGCACCAGCACCAUAUUCAUCAACUUCACCAACAACUGCAGCACCUGCAGCCGCCGCCGAUGCACCUGCUCCCACGUCCGCAGUCGUCAGGGGCGAUCAAAACUCCGUGCACUUCUCCGCUGCGCCGGGGGUCGCGGCAUUUCAGCGCCAUGGUGCCAACUGGCGCCGUAUCGCCGUGCACCUCGACAGCCCAGGAGGCUGGGGCCGGCCGGAUAGGUAGCAGCCCCCACACCACCCUGGCGAGUGGGAGAUCCACCGCUCUCGACUCUGUUUGCGGCGCCAAUGGAAGCCAACACUUAGGCGGCGGGCCUGUCUCCAUGCGACAGCAAACUCUGCCAAUAAGCGAGAAUGCCUUGGCUUCUCUGGGUGCUAAGGGAGAAGUACUUCGCGAGCCGGGGUCCGCUACUGCUGCUGCUGCUGCCAUGCUGAAGGGUACACUAAUAAAGCCGCCAACCUUCCGUACGACGCCGCUUGGACCAACACUGUACGAGCAUAGCGGGGCACAGGAAGACUUGUUUGAGGAGCGAGCUCCAGAGGUGCCGUUUGAUGCCUCUUCCUACGGAAACAUUGUUGCCUUCCUCAAUGCCGUCUCCCCAGUGGUGGCAACGGAGCAAGAAAUGGAGUGGGCUUCCCCUCUCGCAGGGGAGACUCUGCCGCCUGGGCGCGAGGAAUUGGGUGGCGACGCCCCGCUACCUACGUAUAGAGAGCCUUCCAUCCCGCUUCUGCAUGUAUGGAAGGCCUUGGACCUUCCCUUUGCUUGCACGAUUCCCUUCGACGAGCCGGUUUCUUUGGCGCCGAUGCGGCCCCCGCAAGGGCAUGUGGUGUACACGCCUUUUCUUAGUGGAUUUCGGCUUCGCUUCCGCGAGGCCUCCGCGACGUACGCGAGGCUAAGAUCUUUACAGCAGAACGCAGACAUUGCCCCACCAGUUGCCUUUCCCUUAGACCCGAUGCAGCGAACUCACAUGCCAUCCUCGCCUCUAGACGGUGUCACCGCCAACAAGCUCGAGGUGAGUGGCGACGAAGGAGGCUUAACUUUUUCUAUGUCUACAGUGGCCCCGAUUUUUACCACGCGGCGUGGAGCCACGCACGCGAGCAGUGAGGACGCGCCACACGAUGCGGAGACGGGUCUUCUCACGUGGGGUGCAACGGAGCGACCGGAUCAGCGUAGUCUCCUGCUUGAGCAGGUGCAUGAGCUGGCAGCCUCCAAUGAUCGCUACUCCGUUCUUCUUAGCGCAACGACGACGGAGCUCGAUUACCAGUCGUGGUUUGCCGUUCUAUGGCAGCCGGUGCAUGAUCAGAGCCACACGGCAAAGCACAGCUGUGGGAGCUUUAUCGUCUACUAUGCACUGCGGCCGCCACGCCACUUGGAGUGGAGCCAAACCCCAAGUCUGGUGUCGACGAUGAACAGUGACUGGAUGUCCCCUGUGUUCCGCUGCGACCGCCAGGGGGUUCACUGGGACAUGUGGUCUGCCAACGGCCCCAUGUCGAUGCCACUGUCGUCGGCGUCCUCGUUGUCGCUGUCACCGUGCGACGGCAACAACGACCUCGUGGUGAGACAACUGGGCGUCUCUUCCUUCGAUAAGGCCUCGACCCCCGCGACUGACAGCAACGGGGAGAUGCAUACCGUCAUGGAGGCCUCAAGCGGCAGUGUGGGAAGCCACGAUGUAAGGUUUGGCUAUUCUGGACGUUUCUGUACAGAAGCUUCUGCGAAUAGCGUUUUGCGCGGCUCACAGCAUGCCUUUCUGGCUUUUCCUUCGGAGAAGGGGGUCACAUGCCAUGCAAUGGCACGUAUUCCUAUUAUAGGCCUCAUUCCAAGUCGCUGUCGCGCCGAUGUCUGGUAUCUGCCGUGCUCGGGCGUGGACUCACAGGACCACAACGCUGGACGGAAUAAAGGCAGCAACGGCGCCGCUCCCCGUCGGCGCUAUCGCGCUCCGCUAUUUCUCCUUACUGCGGCGUUGCAACUGAUGUCGUGGAAUGCACUGCAGGGAGUGUGGCGGCAGACCAUGCGGAAAAAAGCUCUACAGACAGCCGACAGCGCCCUAGCCGUUGCCCCGAAUGCUGUGGAGUUUCCAGGGCCUUCUGCGCGCGGAGACACGACGACGACUAUUAGUGCUGCUGCCGCUGCUGCGGCUUCGACAGGGACGCGGUCUUUCUCGGCGAAAACACACAAGCCAAAAUCCGGUAAAAAUCUUCUGGUGGAGGGGGCACGUGGUUACCGAUACUAUCGGGAAACUGUCAACGCUGAUGCUGCGGUGGCUCCGACGACGCUGCCGGUGCCACAGGAGGGCGCCGACAGCAACGGCUCCGCGGUGCAGUCUCCAACUUCCGCGGUCACUGACCUUAGCGCCGUCGUUGAGGUCCUGCCAGACUUUUACCAGUGGGUGCAGUUUGAUGGGCCUUUGCUGAACUAUCUGGAGCGCUACGCUUGA